CAACAAAAAUUAUCGUCAUUAAAAAUGAUUAUUCUUGUAGUGCAAGGAGUUACGGUAAAGGCUGAUCUCUAUGCUUUACCCCUAGUCGGACCUGAUGUCAUGCUAGGAGUCCAAUGGCUCGAAGGAUUAGGCAAGGUGACCACCGACUUCCGAAUUGGAGUUACGGAGUUCAAAUCUGGAGGUCGGGAAGUCACCCUGAGCACUGGCACUGAGAAAGGAACUAAAGAAGUUGGGUUGAAGAGUAUCCAAAGAGUUUGGCGAAGUGGUGGUCAAAUAUUCGCG